CGAGGUGAGGGAGGGUCCACGGAAAGUCUGCUUGGAUGCAUCCUAGCUCAAACAAUAACAAUCUUAAAAAGAAACGUUUCUAAAACAUUCGCUUUCUUAUAUUCCUAGAUAGAUAAACUCUAAUGGCGGAACCGAAAGCAGCACCAACGACUUCAGAUGAAAAUGUAAAAGCACCAAACUUGUUGGAGAGAGCAAAAGAAGAGAUUGAGGCAGUAGCCCAUGCUCAUAAAUCCCCUACCCAUGAUAAAGAAACGCAUGGAACCAGUGAUGACAUUGAUGAGAAUACCCAGAUAGAUGAAGUCAAAGGUCCAGGUGUAUUUCAACGAAUUAAAGAGGAAAUUGAGGCCCUUUUCUCUGCAAUUCUUCCAAAGAAAGAGUCCAAAAGUGACAAGUAAAGUAGUCCCAUUUGCAAUAUUGUUACAACUUAUAAUAUUUGGCUUGGUUUUAUGUAUCAUGUAUGUUUUGAUUUGCUUUACAAUAUAAUGUGAAAACAUUGUAGUUUGGAAUGCAAUUUUUCUUCUUAUUUAUUAAAUGUAGUCAUCCUAUUCUACAUAAGUGAUUUCAGUUAAUUAGAUGAGCUCCUUUGUUAACUGUG